CAAUGAUCCAGCCAUAUCUACGUUCAUUGUAGCCAAGCCAAAUGGUGGAUGAAUAUUUUGUAUGUUGUUUGCAAGGAUAAAGAAUGAAUAACAGUAAACAUGGUGAAGGAGAUUUUAGCUGGAUAGAAAGCCGGAUGGCCGAAAUUCGAUCUUUGCCGGCCGGAAGUAAAAAGAUGUCAUUACGUCACAAGCUAACGUGGCGUUGUGAGAGGACAGUUCGACAAUUGUCCCAAUAUUUUUUACUAAAAUUCCACCGAAUAUUAGCGAAGUAUUUAAAAUUGGUAAUGGCUAGAUCUGGAAAUAAUUCUCCCUAUCAAGAUUACAUAAACAAGGCGGAAGAUUUUGCUGAUCAAAUUCUGCGGCAUUCGAAACACGUGCUGCCCCAUCUAGCUCGCUUUUGUCUCGUCUCGACAUUCUUCGAAGAUGGCAUUCGUAUGUGGUUCCAGUGGGGGGAACAGCGAGAUUAUUUCGCUCAAACUUGGAACUGUUCCACAUUUUUUGGAGUCCUCUUUGUCUUAUUUAAUUUGAUAGGGCAGCUUGGUGCUGUUGCAAUGGUUUUGUCUCGUCAGAAAGUCGAGAUUGCUGUUGGCGUUUUGGGUAGUGUUGUUGUUGUGCAGACCAUUGCUUACAGUAUUUUGUGGGACUUGAAGUUUCUCAUGAGGAACAUGGCCCUUGCUGGUGCUCUGUUUCUUCUUCUUGCCGAAAGUCAGUCCGAAAAGAAAAGUUUGUUUGCUGGUGUUCCAAAUGUCGGUGGUAACACACCGAAAACGUACCUGCAACUGAGUGGUCGCAUCCUUCUUGUCUUCAUGUAUUUAACCCUACUUCGUUUUGAUCUUUCAUUCUUUCGUACCGUUGAGAUAAUAGUUGGAUCCAUUCUUAUGGUGUUUGUCACUAUUGGAUUCAAAACAAAGCUUUCUGCCCUUUUGUUACUUUGUUGGCUCACUAUCCUUAAUGUCUAUUUCAAUGCAUUCUGGAUGGUGCCUAGUGAUCGACCUCUAAGAGAUUUCCUAAAGUACGACUUUUUUCAAACAGCCUCUGUAAUUGGCGGAUUACUAUUGGUUGUUGCCCUGGGGCCUGGUGGCGUGAGCAUUGAUGAUUAUAAGAAAAAGUGGUAGAUAAAUGUUUGAAAUUGUUGUAUUGACAUAACAGCUAUGUAGAAAAUCAUGCAAAUGUAUUUGAAACCUGCGAGACUUGUUUUACUGUUGUACUUUUUAGUGACAACAUGGUAUUGUGCAAAAUUAUAUUUUAAAGAUAACAGCAA